AUGAAGCAUCCUUUCCAAUUGAUAUUGGCCAAUAGAGAAGGAUCACUACUAUUUGCGUCUACCAAGAAUGUGGUGCAAGUUUUUUCUACGGAGAAUGGGCAACUCAUUGCGAAAUGGAUAGACCCAAUAGAUACAUUUCACACCUUGAAGAAACAACAGAAAGAGAAGAUCCAAGCUUUGAAAGAAAAAACAGAAGGUCCUGUAAAGAUUCCUAAGAUUCCCGUGCCAGGAAAAGGUGCCCCUCCUAUUUUCAAUUAUAUUCGUAACAUGCAUCUGACCGGAGACGAGUCAAAAUUGAUUGUCACCACUGAUUCAGAUAAGGCCGUAGUGAUAUUGGAAUUGAACCUUGACAAUUCAGAUUUUGAAAGUAGAAUUGUUGUAUUGUCAAGACAAGCAUUUGCAAAAAGGCCAUGUGCCAUCUCUAUCAAAGAAGAUGAUUCCAGACUUGUCGUAGCUGAUAAGUUUGGCGACGUGUACGAUGUCUCACUGGAUAAGAACUUCUUAACAUUAGAACAACAAGCUCCAAAAAAGUCGAUUCUGGGACAUGUUUCAAUGUUGACCAAUGUUAUAUUUGCCAAGAAUCAUAUUAUAACUUCUGACAGAGACGAACAUAUUAGAGUUACCCAGUAUCCCAAGACCUAUAUCAUCGAACGGUACCUCUUUGGACAUUCCCAAUUUGUUUCAUGCUUGAAGCUUUGCCCAUGGAAUGAAGACAUACUGAUAUCUGGUGGUGGUGACGAUUUCAUUAAUAUUUGGAAUUGGACUACGGGGGAUCUCUUAUUUCAUUUGGACCUAACAUCGUAUGUACAGCCAUUGAUAACGGAUCGUCACCUGGCUCCUAUGAGAUUUCAAAAUAAGGAAGGCAAUUUAACAGAGACUAACGUGUCCGAAUUGCUUGUUCAUGACCACAAACUGUUUGUCUUGAUUGAAUGUACAUCUGCCGUUUUGAUAUUUGACUUCCAAUCUACUGAUAAUCUACCACUCUUACACGUCAUAAAGACACAAUCGCCGGUUGUUCACAUUUCUAUCGCCUUGUCAAAACUGUAUGUCGCUUUGGAGGACUAUACAAUUGACGGAUUUGAAAUUUUUGACACUAACACUUUUCAACCAGUCCUUGAGGAUGUAUCAAAAAAUAUAUAUUCCAACAGCACAGUGGAAUUUGAAUCUACAACCGAGCAGUAUCCUCUUUACCACGUUGCACAACUACGUAAACGUGGAGAACAUUAA